GCCCCAGCCGGGGUGCCCAGUGGGCGGACCAAUGAGAGCCUCAGAGGGGAGAGCCGGGUCAUUUCCUCCGCGGCUAUCUGUACCCUCCCUUCGGGCCUUAAAAACCACAAGCUCGUGGGCAGAAGAGAACUUUGGUCAGCGGGGAGCUCCAGACGCCUGAAUAUGGACUCCAUGGACAGUAGCACCUUUGAGUACAAUUAUGACUCGGAGACCAUGGACCCCAGCAUGACAGUGGAUGGCUUUCCCAAGGUCUCCAAGCUGCACCCUCCAGAAGUGAUUGCCCUGAUACUCUAUGCAGCUGUCUUCCUGGUGGGAGUGCCAGGCAACGCAUUGGUGGUCUGCGUGACUGGGUCUGAGGCCAGACGAACCAUCAAUGCCAUCUGGUUUCUUAACCUGGCGGUGGCUGACCUCCUCUCUUGCCUGGCGUUGCCCAUGAUGUUCACGUCCGUUGUUAUGCACAACCACUGGCCCUUUGGCAACGCUGCCUGCCGCAUCCUGCCCUCUCUCAUCCUGCUCAAUAUGUACGCCAGCAUCUUGCUCCUGGCCACCAUCAGCGCCGACCGCUUUAUGCUGGUGUUUAAUCCCAUCUGGUGCCAGAACUACCGAGCGGCUGGCUUGGCCUGGACGGCGUGUGGUGUGGCCUGGGGCUUGGCCCUGUUGCUGACCGUACCCUCCUUAGUGUUCCGUGUGGUGCACCAACAGUCCUUUCCAUCCAAGUCAAUAUGCGGCGUUGACUAUGGUUCAAAGAAUUCACAGAUAGAGAACACUGUGGCCAGCCUCCGGCUCGUUGUGGGCUUCCUGCUGCCGCUGGUCACGCUUACAGUCUGCUACACCUUCCUUCUGAUCCGAGCCUGGAGCCGCAGCGCCACACGCUCCACCAAGACACUCAAGGUGGUUGUGGCCGUCGUGGCCAGCUUCUUUGUCUUGUGGCUGCCCUAUCAGGUGACAGGGAUGAUAAUGGCCUUGGUCUCCAAGAACUCGGAAAGUUUUAAAGUCCUGUUUGCUUGGGACCCCCUUUGUGUCGCCAUUGCUUACAUCAACUGCUGCAUCAACCCCAUCAUCUACGUGGUCGCUGCCCAGAGCUUCCAAAUCCGGUUCCUCAAGUCCCUUCCCUCCAAGAUCCGGAACUUGUUGACCGAAGAGACCACGAGCAGAGACAGCAAGUCCUACACACUCUCCACGGCGGACACCCAAGCCCAGAAGAGCCAGGUGGUAUAAGGAGGACCUUCCAGGCCAUUGUCUGCCCAGAGCUCCACCUUCCUUCCCAUCCAUUCUCUUUCUGCUUAUUUUAAUCCAGCCCUUGGUUUAGGUGGUGGUGUCCCGGGGACCUCUGCUCCACACCGUCCACCAUUCCCGGACUUGUUCUGCAUCUUCGAGGGGAACUCUUCUCAUUUCCAAGACUAACGCUCCCUUCUAGGGACACCCAACCUUUCCUUCCAUCCAAGUACUUUGGAAAACAAACAGAAACCAACAUACUCCCAUACUGCACUCGUUUGUGCUUGAAGAGAGUGUGACUAGAGGACAUCAGAUACGGAAGAUCUGUAGAAACCAGUAGAAACAUCCUAACCUUUAAAGAAUAGCUAUCUAUUUAUUUUUAUGGAGAGCUGGGG